AUGGAUUAUUUCAAAUUUAUACUGUACGAGGUUAUAUCAGAGAUAUUAACUCCUGUACCAGCUGAAUCCGCGCUUGAUUGCAAACUAGUAUGCACAUCUUGGAGAAAUAUUGUUUCUGAUCCAUCAUUCAAUCAGAUGCACUGCCAUCAUCAUCUUAAUCAUCCUUCUGAUGAUUCUUGUACGCUGGGCUUUCUUGCUUUAACUGAGAAUGAAUUAUUUUACUAUUUUGAAUAUAAUCAGAAUCAAGAGUUAACAACAUCCACUGAGAGAAUUAGAAAAAUUAUUUCUACAUCAAAACCCGAGGAUAAUUUUGUUGGCUCGUGUAAUGGUUUGAUCUGUAUUGUUCAGGAGGAUGAACCUGAUAGCCCAGUUUCUAUAUGUAACCCUUUCACCAAACAAUAUGUCCUGCUUCCACAAAUCAGGAAGAAUACUGAUGAUGAUCUUUUUUGGUCGUUUGGAUUUGGAUACGUUUCUUUAACAAAUGAGUACAAAGUCGUAGGAAUAUAUGUGUCGCUGCUAACCAAGUAUGUAGAAGUUCACAUAUACACAUUAGGCAGUGGAAAUGGAUGGAGAGACCUUGGAAAGUUCAAUCUUGAAUUCAGCCCCAGACGUGAUAAUGAAUAUGAACAUGGCAAGUUUUCCAAUGGAGCUAUUUACUGGAUUGGCAGGGAGAUCGUGACCUUCGAUUUGAUUGAGGAAAAGUUCUGCAAACAUCUUGCACCUCCUCCUAUGCCACCAAACACUAAUUUGCAAAAUCAUACAAUAGGGGUUUUGGAUGUAUAUUAG